UCUCCUUCAACCUGAACAGAGGUCUCAUCACCCAAAAUAACUCAACCUGACUGACCAAUCAGGACAUUGUUCUGAUUAAUUAGCUAAUUUGGUGACGCUUUAUCUCGAGUCCUGUACUUUCUCAGUAGUUUCAGGGAGAGGACUUUGUAAUUUGGUACUAAUUAACGAGAAAAUGGAGAUAACGAUCCCAAGACAGUACACAGACUGAAGGGCAGCGCACAGUGAGAACUCCGACUUCUACUGGUCAGGAGACGCAACUGCACAUCACACUUUUAAUACAAUGCGAAGGAGAGAAAACCUUUUGAUCAGAAUCGGCUUUAUUUGCCAGGUGUGUUUGGGCUUCUCUGUCUUCAUUUCCUCCAGCGACUCGUAAGUGUUGCCUUGGACAGCGGCGGCCUCCCUGGGGAUCUGCUCAUAGGUGUCAUCAGCCAGCCCGGCACUUGUUGCCCUCUCGGGAACCUCAGCAUACAUGUCGCCUCCCUGCUGCGCUGAACUCCCUCCGGGCCUCUCAGAGGUCUGGUACAGCGGGUUGGACUUCAACAUGUCCACAUCCCGUCCCUGUUGUUCGGACCUGGAGCUGCUCCGCCUCAAACUGUCUCUGGGAUCGUGGAGGGAGUAGGUGUGACAGUUAACCAUCUUCAGUGGAGCGGACGAAUAUGUGAAGGAGGGAAUACUGAGCUGGUUAGAAUACUCGUCCUCCUCCGUGUUGUUCAGUCUUGGUAGAGAUUUGCUUCUGCUCUCCACCUGUGUCAGCUCAGAGUAUGUGAGCCCUGGUCGAGAAGGAUCACCCGGGUAGCUUGUGUAAGUGGUAUUUAAUAAGUCUCCAGACAUGAGCUCUGAAUCUUUUGGGUCGGUCCAGGUUUCACUUGGAUGUGGUGUUGUUUCAGGCAAAGAUCCAGUCUGACAGAAGCCCAGAGGCAUGCCUCUUUUCGGCACUGGAGGUACACCCUGAAGGACAUGACACGAGAACAAUGAGAAUAUGGACGACCAAACAGUUUCUCCACAUGGUCCAUUAGUAGCUGCUGGUCGUAUCACAUGAUCUUCCUCUGCAGAUGAUUUUGGUUGAUUUGUUGUAGUAAAAGUUGGACUGGCAGAACAUUUUUUAGGUAAUGCAAAUGAAACCAAUAACACUCACAACUCACAUGGACUCAUUAACCAUUUAUUUACGUAUUUAUUCAGUUGGGUCCAGUGUUUGUGGUUUCUUUCUUUCUUUUUAUUUUUUAUUUAACCUUUUAUUUAACGACGGGAAAAGACCCAUUGAGAUAAAAUCUCUUUUUCAAGGGCGCCCUGGCCAAGAAAGGGAGCAGGACAGCAAGUCAGACAGUACAAACAUAAAACAACGAUACAAAAUACAAUCAACAAAUUUACCCUCCUACCUGUAUACAAAUGCAACAGUCGCAACCCACUAUCAAACCAGUACAUUCAAACUUCAAUGAGCAGUUAAAUUACAUCAAUGUGAUGCCAGCUUAUUCAAAAAUAGUUAUAUUCAUCUUUUAAAAACCUCUGUAAUCGAUGAUUUGAACUUUCCAAGAGACACCAGUACCUCCAGCCGGAGGGUCCUUUGCAAGGAGUUCCAAGUUAACGGUGCACAGCAUGAGAAGGCUGCGGUCUUUCCCAACACUGAAGUCACCCUGGGAACUUUUAACAGCAGUAGCCUGCUGGACCGGGUUCGAUGACUACUCACCGCAAAGCUGAGGUGACUAUUAAUAAAAGGUGGUAAUAUGCAAACGAGUGCCUUAUAAAUAAAGAUACACAAAUGUAUCUGUCUCCACACAGCUAAUGAUGACCAAUCCACCAUAUCAUAUAAUCUGCAGUGAUGCGCACGCGAUUCUGCAGGUGUAAUAAAACGCAACGCUGCAUGGUAUGCAGAAUCCAGUUUCUUCUUUUGUGAUUCUCUGUUCAUGUAUGUUCAUGGACACAAAACUCAAAUUUGCACUCAGUGUUUGACUUGAAGUGAAGCCAAAAUAUUGAUCUGUACAUGCUGCCAUAGGUGCUUUAGCUCUAUGUGGGAACUACAACAAGCCAGACUGUGUUAAACACCAACAGAGUAAAUUAAUUUGUUGUGAACAGAUUGGAAUAAGGUCGUGACAAAUACGUCGUACAUGCACCUAGAGAAAAUCCAGUCUAUACUAAAAAAACAUUCAAUGCGUAAUCAAUCAGUUUCUUUCAUACCUGUGUGGGGGACACAGACACCAUUCCCAUCAGCUUCCUGUUUUGGGAUUUUGGUGGCAGUGGAUGUGGCGGCACUGGAGGACGGUCAUUUUCCUGCUGAAUCCUUUGAUUAUUGUGGUGAUCAUUUUUCUGGGCCCACAGACUCCUCAGAGCUUGAACGCUCACCGCAGGCUUCCCUUUGCUGUUGUAAUUCACCACAUCAUACAGAUCACCUGUGUCUUCCUGCAAAUAACAACAAACCUCAUCGUCUCUUUUCAAGCUGGCUUCAACAACGAAGCCUUGAAACCAGUCAGGGAAGUUCCCGUUGUUGAGGAUCAUCGGCGCCUGUGUCUCAGUGAACCACCUCAGCACCAGCUCCUUCAGACCUCCUUCCGAGGUCCCCACGUGCAGGUCUAACUUCUUCUCCAUCCUCGCAGAGUGCUCGUGGCCUGAACUCAACAUCGGAGACACGCGCAGGACAGAAGGAGGACGAGGACGUGGUGUUCACGAUCAAGACUUUACGUUUUUAACAUACAGCGUCCACUUUCAAGCCAAGGCGUCGGUGGGAGACUGCAAUUACCUUUUCUAUAACAGGUAGGACUAAAGACAGAUGAGAAGCGAAGCAGAAGAAUUAUCCCAAACAUCAGAGAGGACUGCAGCCAUGGACCUGUUCAAACAACAGAAGGUGGAGGAUUUCUAUCACAUUGGUGAAGAGCUGGGAAGUGGGCAGUUUGCCAUCGUAAAGCAAUGCAGAGAGAAAAGCACAGGUCUGCAAUUUGCUGCCAAGUUCAUCAAGAAGCGGCAGAGCAUGGCCAGCUCUCGAGGAGUGCGGCGGGAGGAGAUAGAGCGGGAGGUGGACAUCCUGCAGCAGAUUCAGCACCCUAACAUCGUCACGCUGCACGACGUCUACGAGAACCGCACUGAUGUGGUGCUCAUCCUGGAGCUGGUCUCUGGAGGUGAGCUGUUUGACUUCCUGGCACAGAAGGAGUCUCUGAGCGAGGAAGAGGCCACCCAGUUCAUCAAGCAAAUCCUCGAGGGGGUGAACUACCUCCACGCCAGAAAAAUAGCCCACUUUGAUCUCAAGCCUGAAAACAUAAUGCUGCUGGACAAGAAUGUGCCGUUGCCGAGAAUCAAACUCAUUGAUUUCGGUCUUGCCCACAAGAUUGAAGCUGGGGUUGAGUUCAAGAACAUCUUUGGGACGCCUGAGUUUGUAGCACCGGAGAUUGUCAACUAUGAGCCACUGGGAUUAGAAGCAGACAUGUGGAGCAUCGGGGUCAUCACCUACAUCCUGCUGAGUGGUGCUUCACCCUUUCUGGGGGAGACCAAACAGGACACGCUGGGGAACAUUUCAGCCGUAAAUUAUGAGUUCGAUGAGGAGUUCUUCUGUCACACCAGUGAGCUGGCUAAGAAAUUCAUCAGCCAGUUGUUGGAGAAGGAUAAGAAGAAAAGAUUAACAAUUCAAGAUGCUCUUAAUCACCCGUGGAUCAAGUCCAAUGAGCACAAGGAGGAAAAUAAAGCCCAGGAGCCAAAGAAACGAGAGCGGCGCCAGCUGAAGACCAAGCGCCUGAGGGAGUACACUAUUAAGUCGCACUCAAGCAUGCCACCCAACAACACUUAUGUAAACUUUGAGCGCUUUGCCCAGGUGGUGGAGGACAUCGACCAGAUGGAGAGCUCGUUCGUUAGCCUGGCAGCAGCCCAUGACUCUCUGCAAGAAGAUAUCGAUGCCAUGGUGUCCAUAUACAAUGAAAAGGAGGCCUGGUACAAGGAGGAGAGUGAAGGAGUGCGCCACGAGCUCUCGCAAAUCCGCUAUGAGUUCCGUAAGGUGGAGGCCUUUAAGAGGAGUCUGCAGGACGACAUGCAGGCUUUCAGCUCCGGCCUCUGUGCCAUCAGCAACCGCUACCAGGAGAGACAGACCCACUUCGAUGCACUGCGUCUGGAGCUUAGCAAUGAGCUGAAAUGGGUGCAGGAGGUGGUGGGUUCAUUUCCCAUGGACGGAGGUGGUGGAGGAUACCCCAACUGCAACUUCUCCACCGUCUUCAACGACGACGUGAACGAAGCCCUGAAAGAGCUGCUGAACCGCUCCUGUGGAGGAGAGCUGCUGUCCGGGAUCAACCUGGAGUUUGAGACCGGACAGCAAAGAUAAAUGACAAUUAUCCAACGAAGGUUAAAGUCAAGGGCAACUUGGUUGAAGAUACUGGAAGACGUUUCGUCCCUCAUCCAAAGGACUUCUUCAGUUCUGACUUCUUU